AUGCAAGCGGUAGCGGGACUCUGUCAUUUUUGCGAGACUCAUGGUCCCAGAAUAGUUAUGGUUACGCAGCCAGUGCGUGAUUUGACUUUACUGAAUCAGAAUCUGCAGUCGCACGUAAUUGGUAAAUUUAUAUAUUUAGGCCUUUUAGGUGAAUACGGUGAAUAUGGCAGUUAUAGCGCAGAAUGUUUAAUAAACGAAUGGCGUAAAACAGUUAUCGAAGAUGCCCCACGUUGCGCUGCCUGUUCGUCUUUCCAGGGUGACCUGGGUUUUAGCACAAAUGAUACUGUUUCCUACUUUAACUAUAUAAGUUCACAGGUCCCGGUGAAUGAACGAGUCUAUAAUCUAAUGAAAAAUGCUUGUCUUAGAUCAAUAAGUUGCGAAGUCUGCGGGACUGUUGAAUUUCCUAAAGUUAGCGAGAAAAGCUUCUUUGAAGGGCACAGUAUUUCUUUGGACACUCGCUUGAGAACCACCAAGAGUCAAGUAGGGGAUAGUUCUGAUGCAGAAAGUAAUGGGAUUGUCCUGUUUGGUGACGAUUACAAUGGUUACACCUUGGCUCAUACGUUCAAGUUACGAGACGCAAAAGCUCGGGGGUUUUACCGAUGUUUUUCACUCGUUAUAGUCAGCAUGGAUAAAUUUUUAUUGACGAGUAAUUAUGACUAUUUUGUCUCAGCGAUGUCCUCAAUAAUAAAUAAAUUACAGGUUUGGGAUCCUUCACUAUUUCACUCAUUUGAUCAUGAUAGUACUGAAAUAAAUUCCACACUACCCAACUACUUCUUGAAAUCUAGUAAAAUUACUAACAUUGACCUUGACACAUCAAGGCCUUUGUCAGUCAUAGUGGAUGAUCCUGAUGUUUUCUUGAAGUUACAUAGGCAGCUUACGAUCUUGUUACGAACUCACAGUAGGUUGCAUUUGGAAAGUGUACUUGAAGGAGUACCUUCGCAAGAUCUUCUUGUAAGAUCAGAACUUGAUCCUUCAGAAGCAUCAGAAGUAAGAACGGAGGCAGAAAACUGCACUCAGUAUUAUGCUCUUCUACGCAUAGCUCGUGUUCAGCAGAUUGCAAAAAAGUUUGAACAGCUUGGAAGGGCAAAAUCAACACGCCCGUUAAUUGCCCUUCUAACACACAUUGUACAUGGGUUGAAGGUAAAGAUCGUUUUAUCUCCAUUAACCAUUAUUUAA